UCGUAAGAAGUCUCGAGAAGCGGGAUAUCCUGGCCGAGAAGGGACUGCCCGAGUUUCUGAAAGAAAGGCGUUCUAUUUAAUAUCUGAUUUAUAUAUCUAUCGGCCACUCUUGGAAAAAAAAUGCAUUUUUAGAAGGAAAGGGAGAAUAAGCUUGGUCGACAUUCAGAUCAGGCUAGGUCUCUCAACUUUGAUCAUGUCGGUUAGAGGUCAAUUACAAAGUACAACAGGUAUUCCAAAGGCAGUCAGUAGCAUAAAGCUCCUGGACGUGCUACUGGAAAUCCUCAGUACUUGGGAUUUGGAAACGGCUACCGCCGGAAGCGUCCGCCGGCAUCUGGAGAAGGAUUUUGGGGCUGAUCUAUCGGACCCAAAAUAUCGUAUCAUCAAAGAAAAAAUCGACGUAUUUUUUGAGGAAGGGGAAGAGGAUGAGAAUGAAGGUAAAGGUAGAAGAAGAAGAAAGAGAAAGAGAAAGGAGAAAGAGAUAUGUAUAGUGUCUCCACAGCUUCAAGACAUUGUUGAAGAGGGUCCUGAAAUGGCCCGAGCCAAGGCAGUGAAGAAAAUUGUGGCUUAUGGUCGGGAAAAGGGUUUGCAUAAAAACAAGUCUAUUAUAUAUACCGAUGAUAAACUAGAGGCCCUAUUUCCUGGCAGGAGAUCUGUUCAUAUAUUUCGAAUUGAUAACCUGUUGGCCAAGAACAGUCAUAUACAGCCGCUUAAAGUUAUGAAGCUGUGCAAAGAAUGCAAGGUGAGGAGGACGAGGACGAGGAGGGAAAAUGAGACUUGUGAAUGUGAUCAAAUCAGGGUGAAAAGUCAGAGGAAGGAUAUCGAACAGAAACAUAUUCUAGCAGAGGAAGAUAUAAGAUCGUGGGAUACAUUGCCACACGAUAUUCUGGUGAAAAUCAUUGAUAUUGUUUGCGGUCCACUCGAGUAUUGGACACCCAUCUCACCAGCUUUCUCCACGCGUUACGCGUCCGUCAGCCGCUCAUGGAAACUGGCAGUCCUUGAUCUAGUGUUUCCACCUAGUGAUGUGCUUGAUCUGCGAGUCCUUGAUUCACAUCCCUGGAAAUCUUGCCAUAAGAUGUUCUUUCAUUACCUCAGGAUUGCCUUCAACUGCCGACCCACCAGCGCUUGGACAACACUAUACUUUCCCAACGACACUAUAUUUGCUGAACGUCCCAUUCUUCAAAAUAACACUUUAAUGAUCAAAAAUGAUAUCCUGACUUUGAUCGCUGAGAAGACACCAGAACUGCGGAAUCUCAUUGUACCUGAAGAGUUGUGGGACCAUAUAUUUAGCAAGUUGGCGCCCAAAUGGAAGAAUUUGAGAAAAGUACGCAUAUACAUUUCUGCUUAUAAUUUUGUUGCUCUCCAAGCUAAUUGCAAGUGUAUAUGUGAGCUCAAUUUGUAUGGACACAUGGACGAGAAUUUAGCAUCCAUGCUCGCUAAAUUUUUUCCAAAUCUCAAGUCCCUAGAGAUUCGUGGGUGUACGAUGUCGAACGAUGUCCUGAGAAUCAUAUCGGAUGGUCACAAGAAUCUUAAGCUACUUGAUUCACAACAGUACUUCUACCAUUUUGCUGAGGCUCACGUCGAAUCAAUUCACCGGAUCUGGUUUGGUGGACGAUCUCCAAUUGGCAGUGAUGUCGAUCUGACUAAUUGUGCUGGAGGUUGGCAUGCACAGAGCGAUGGACUGAUUCCUAUAUCUGUUGGCGGUGAUGAUUACGGAGGCUUCGGUGCCGACGGCGGUAAUUUGGUUUGGACUACCGACGAUGUGGUUCGAUGCCCAGAUGGCCUUGCUGGAUCGCGAUUGGUUUUAGGUCGGGGAUGUGACCGGAUCUGGUUUUGUGGAGACAUCAAGGAUCCUGAUCUUGGUGGCGGCGCUGAGGUCGCGAUUUUGGGAUGGUCGGAGAUGACAGCUAGGGAUUGGGAUGAGGAAGGCUUCGUUUCUCUUGCAGAUACAAUGAUGGCUUGUCCUGCUGGAUGGCAACUGGUAGAGUCCGUCCAUUGUCAUGGGUUGGCGAGGAAGCUUCUCUCUCCACGAUCAGGCUGGAUGGCGAGCGUCGGUGUCCGAAUUGGCAGGGAAGUCGGCGGCUGCUGA